AUGGCCAAGCUCACUCUGCUUACCAGUAAGUCCUGCUUCCCAACUUACUUCUUCACCUUUGUGACAAGUAUUUGUGGCUCUCUCGCUGUUAUACUGGUGGCUGACUGGCUGAAGAAGAACAACUAUGCAGGUGCUAUGGUUUGGGCCAUUGAUCUGGAUGACUUCACUGGCUCUUUCUGCAAACAGGGCAAAUAUCCCCUGAUCAACACCCUGAAGAAUGCUCUUGGCCUGCAAAGCAGCACCUGUGUGCCCCCAGCUCAACCCAAUCCUCCUGUGACAGCAGCUCCCAGUACUACAAGUGGAAGUGGAAGUGGAAGUGAGAGUGGGAGCGGGAGCUCGGGAAGCAAUACUGGUGGCACUGGUGGGAGUGGAUUCUGUGCUGGCAAGGCCAAUGGCAUCUAUGCAGAUCCGACCAACAAGAGCAAGUUCUACAACUGCAACAACGGUGAAACCUACGAGCAGAGCUGCCAGGCUGGUCUGGUCUUUGAUGCCAGCUGCUCCUGCUGCAACUGGGCAUGAAGACUCCAGGUUGAGCACAGCAGACAGAGCCCUUGGGUCUAAUCCUGUGGAAUAACAAUGAUUAAAUAAAGUGUUUUGCAAAAG